AUGAACGAUUAAACAAAAAGAUUAGUGGUUAAGAAUUACAUAACUUAAUAAUAAAUUUCUUUGAAUGUAAAAGAGGAUUUAAAAAUUGGAGAAUUGGUAGAAGCAAUUGAAUAAAUUGCAAAUAAUGACAAUAAGACAUCUGGUGAAUUUCAUCAAAAUUAUUAUUUUAGUAAAGCUUUGAAUAAAAAUGUUUAAUUAGAAGACACAGUUGGUCUUAUUUUAAAGGGAAUAACCUUUGAUGAAAUUGAAAUUGGAAAGCGCUUUUCAUAAUCAUAAUCGGAGCUUUAAUCAAUUACUAUCUUAAUUAAAAUUUAAAGUUAUUUAGGCAAACCUAUUAAAUAACAAAAAUUAGAAAUGAGUAGAUUCGAUAAAAUAAGCUAAAUAGAGGAUGUAAUUUUAAAAGAGCUUAAAAUAGAAAGGGAAGCAUUUAAAAUUUAAUUUUAAGUUAAAGGACAAAUAUGUCAACCUAAACAGUCAUUAGCUGAUUUAAAUCUUAUUGAUAAUGACGAGAUCAUAGUAAAAGUUCCAAUUAAAUUAAAUAUACAAUUACAGGAGGGAUCAUAAUUCCUAAGGUUUUCAUAAUAUUUCGCCCCCUAGGAUUCCUUAUAAGACGUGAUAAAUUUCAUUUUGUAGAGAUUUUCUAUAUUGACAGAAUAAGUUGGCCUAGCAUUGACAUAUGAGAAUUAACUUUAUAAACCAAAUUAGUUUAAUUCAACUUUAUCUGAUUUAAAACUGGAUUAUGAGGCUCUAUUAAUAGUAAAACUUAGAUACUCAGGUGGAUUUUAAAGGAAAUAAAAUCAAAAUUGA